GACAAAUCAUAUUUUCGGUAUCGGCCUAAGGUAUCGGUAGUUUUUCGAUUUAAUUUUAUUCUCAUAAAAAAUAAUAUCUAGUGUCCCACACUGUGAGUUUAUUUAGAUUUUGGAGUAACAAAUUCAUAAUGGAAGACACGGCAAGACUUGCUGUUGUUGAACAAAACAUCGGUGAUUUCAAACUGUUUACCGAAACUCUGCUAACACUCAGAGACAUAAUUCUGGAUAUAUUGGAAGACCCUGAAGAUCUGGACUCCAGAACAGUGGAGCCAGAGCUGCUUGAGGAUGCACUAAAAACCCAGGCCUUUACUGAAUACCUCUCUUACAUUGGUUUCAAAAUUAAAGGAUCCAGCAUAGUGUAUGAAAAUACAACAGUGGCAAAGCUGGAACAAGCUGUUGAGGCUAUAGAGAAGAAGCUCCACUACAGUGGAGUGGUGACCAUGGUGGCAGAAGCUGACAGUGCAACCCAGACGCCGGCUCCAAAGAAGAAGAGGAAACUUGAACCAUCUCACUUCCUGAUAACCUCGAACGAGUUCCUGUGCAGAGUAGAGUUGAACUUCAAUGGAGUGCUGAUGUAUGAAGAUGAGGAGCUUCAGCAACUGGCCCGGAGUCACAUCCCCCUGGAGACGCUGCAGAUACAGGCCAUGGAGCGGAUGAGGGAACACCAGAGGAAAAUUAAAAGUGGUGCAGUAACCAGCAAAGACAUGACAUUCGAGAUGGCACUGCUACUGGAGCUGGUUGCAUGGUUCAAGGGCUCGUUCUUCAGCUGGGUGGACCGGCCGGCGUGCGAGGGCUGCGGGGGCGUCCCCGAGCACGCCGGGGAUCUCCUCAUGAAGACACCUAAAGAGCUUUGCAGGGUUGAGGUCUACAAAUGCCCAUCCUGCGGCACAGAAACCAAAUUCCCGCGUCACAACUCCUUACGAGCACUGCUGAAGACCCGCCGCGGCCGCUGCGGCGAGUGGGCCAGCUGCUUCCUGCUGCUGUGCCGCUCGCUCGGCUACGAGGCCCGCCGCGUGUAUGACGUCACAGACCACGUGUGGGCCGAGGUAUUCGACUUUGACUCCGACAAGUGGAUCCACGUAGACCCGUGUGAAGCCAAAGUGAACGCACCUUUAAUUUAUGAGCACGGCUGGAAGAAGAAACUGUCCUAUGUCCUCGCAUUCAGCUGUGAUGACCUACAGGAUGUUACUUGGAGAUACACAACCAACCACAAGGAAGUAUUACGCCGGCGGAACCGUUGCACGGAACAGCAACUUAUGGCCGCGAUCUUCAAGUUGAGAGAAGAGCGACAGCAGCAGCUGUCCCCCGCUAGGAGGAAGUACCUCGCCAAACGGGCUGUGAAAGAGCUGGUGGAACUUAUGGUGGAGAGACAGCCAUCAGACUACGAGAGCGAAGGUCGCAUAUCCGGAUCCGUGCAAUGGCGGCAGCAAAGAGCCGAGAUUGGCGACAAAAGCCAUGUCUUCGAGCUGCAACAGCCAGCCCAGUACAGCAUCAGAUACUUCGCCGCUCAAGACAAGUAUGAAGUGGAUAUGGACAGAGUCAGGGUCAAGGAUAUCAGCGGUUGGCAGAACGGAGUGUUUAAUUGUGAAAAAAUGUUUAGGAAGGAAGAGAAGGAUUGGAAAAUGGUGUAUUUGGCUAGAGAAGAAGGUGCACCAUCAGGGUCCGUUUCGUGGCGGAUCUCCACUUCAACUGGCGUGAUCCGUUCACUGACGGUCUCGGCCAGUACGAAGCUCUACGAGACUGGAGCCGUGAGCUGGACGCUUCGAUGUGGUGAUGAAGAUGCGGUUCCCGUUGAGAUUACAGCCACCCCCACAACAUUCACCACGUCCUGCCGGCUGGCAACACUGACGGCCACGCUGUCGGGCGGGCGCGGCGACGUGGGCUGGCAACACUCGCAGCUGUUCCGGCAGGCGCUAACCGAUGACGCCGCCGCCAUGGAGAUACAGGCCGUGAUCGAGGAGACCAAGGAUUAGGUAGAUAGGGUUGAGGAUACUGCGGCCGCUACACGGGUUCGUUAUCGACUUGUUUAAUGCACCGUAUUUAAUUUUAUGGCUAAUCGAGAUAUACUGACGUUUAUCUACGAUAACUUACCCGUGUAGCGGCAGCUGGGCUGAUGUGCAAUUUGUAAGGUUUUGAUUAUGUAUGUAGUUGAUGGUAAACUUUACCAGAUUGAUCGUGGUGGAGAAGAAAUGUCGAAGAAAUUUCGACGGCUCUGUUAUGCUCCCAUAAUAUAAAAUAAUUAUUUGGUACCUCAUUAGCCAUUUUGUCAUUUUAAAACGAAUUAUGAUUUACUUACCAUGUAUUAUGGCGCUAAUUUAUAAUGAGACCGAUGCACGAUGGUGAACAUUCCAAGUAGGUACAUACUAAUCUAAAUAUUUAUAUUUUCCUUUUAUUCCUAUCAUGAAAAUUUUGACUAAAUCUAUGCAAUCAGCACAAUACACAGAAGAAAAGGCAAUGUUUUUGUAAAAUGUAAUAAAUGUACCUAGUUGAUUUUCCUUUUUUUUUGACAAUAUUUUAUUACUUAUUAAUAUCUGCUUAGAUAAAGUGUAGAUUCAAUCAAAUGUAUGUUCCUUCUGUAAUUUAUGUAAUAUUUAAGAAGCUAUUUAUUGCAAAAUGUGAUGACGUGAAUAUCGUCUGAAAUAAAAUACCUACUAUAAGUCAA